AUGAAUAAGGACAAGAUUGCUCAGAUGGUGAAGGUCUGCAUGGAGAGCUCACCUUACUUCCAGCUGGCCUGCCCCAGUGAUGUGUACCACAUCGUGCCACCAGGCGCCUCUGGCCCUGUGCGCAUCCGCUUCAGCCCCGACGAGAACAAGGAUUAUUCCCAUGAGCUCACCUGUAUCAUGGCAAAGGAGAAGAUCGUUGUGCCAAUUCGGGCCAUCGGUGCCCGAGCCAUCCUGGACUUCCCUGCCCAGGUGGACUUCUCCGAGUGUCCGGUCAAGCACAGCACCCAGAAGACUCUGCUGGUUCGCAAUGUCGGUAACCGGACAGCUCAUUACCAGCUGAGCACCCAGAGUCCUUUCUCCGUGGUGCCGACCGCAGGAACUCUGGCUGCUGGGGACACCAUGCAGGUGACAGUGACAUUUCAUGCGCUGACCAACGGGGACCAUUUUGGGUCCCUGUGCUGCAACACAGGUGAAGAGAGUAUCCACACAAAGCUCCAUGGAGAAGCUGUAGAUGUUGAUGUUGUGUUGAGCACAAAUUCCGUGGAGGCUGGCAAGACCUUCAUCACCAUGGCAUACCAGACAACCGUGUUCCUGGAAAACAGGAGUAACAUCACAGCCCACUUCCAGUGGAAGGCUUUGCCUUCUGAGGAAGAUGACUAUGAAGAGAAGAGGAGGCAGUGUCGUUUGCUGCACCCAUCGGGUGAGGAGUGGCUGGAAAACUUCACGGAGGAGAAAGAAGUAGAGAAGGUGCAGGGCUUUUCUGAAGAUCACACUGCCCUCCUGAGAAGCAGGGUCCAGGAGAAGAAGGCAAAGGUGCAAGAUGACCCCCUGCUGUUCGCCAGUGACAUUUUUUUCAUUGAGCCAUUGGAGGGAGAAAUUGGGCCAAAUUGUUCGGCUGAAAUCACGGUGACCUUCAAAGCCCUGGAAGCACUGGAGUAUCAAAGUGUGGCUUACUGCCAUGUCUCAGGCCGUGAGAUCAGGCUGCCCCUGUGCCUCAGAGGGGAAGGCCAAGGACCCCUGGUUGAACUCAGCUCUCCUACGCUGAACCUUGGGAAUGUUUUUGUCUACACCCCCUAUGUCUAUGAGGUGGAACUGAUUAACCAAGGAGCUCUUGAUGCUCCCUUCACCUAUAUCCCUUCAACCACAAAUGUGGACUUCUGCUUCACGGUUGAGCCCGAGCAGGGCAUGAUUGCACCAGGUGGGACCCAGACUGUUCAGAUCUCCUUCCAUACCACCGUGCUGGGGAGCUUUGAGGAAAAAUUCCAGUUCAGUGUGGCUGGAUCUCCUACACCUGUGAUCCUGACCAUCAGGGGCAGCGUCACUGGACCGAAUUUACACUUCGACCUCCCUGAGCUCGACUUCGGGGACAUCUCCUUUGGCUUUCCCUAUACCCAGAGAUGUCGCCUCACCAACUGCUCCAUGGUGCCCGUGACAUUCAAGCUCCGCAUGUCGGACGAUGGCACGCAGCCGGCUGUUGACAGCCUUGAUCAAAUACGCAAAGAAGGUGACCCAUCCUGGAGGAAGGGAAUUCAUUUCUAUGUGGAGCCAAGGGAGUUCACAAUGAAUCCCAGCCAAGGAACCAUCCUCCCCCAGGGACACCAGGACAUUGAGGUGACCCUGUGUUCCAACACCGUGAUGGAAUUCUACAGGAGAUUGCUGGUGGACCUGGAGGGUUUUGGUGAGGGAGUGGCAUCAGUGGUCAUCACAGCCAGAUGUCUCGUUCCUGAGCUCCAAGUGUCCUCCCCAGUCCUGAUGUACGAUGAGUGCCACCUGAAGGUGCCGUAUGAGAGGAAGAUCCUCAUUAGGAAUCCCAGCCACCUUCCUGGCUGCUACGGGCUCAUUCCCCAGCCCCAGAGCACAGCAGAGAUCCCAGUUGUGGUGGAAGUGCAGGCCCUGGGCACUCAUCGCACCAACGUUGCCAUCGGCGUGUUCGGGGAUGAGAGAAACCCACUGGCUUUCAGUAUCCUGCCAGUGCCAGGUGUGCUGCAGCCAGGAGAGAGCCAGCAGGUCUCCUCCACCUUCUCUGGCCACCUCAGCAGCACCUGCAGUGUCCCGGAGCUGUGCCACGUGGAGGGAGGCCCCAGCUACGAGGGGCUGGUGCCCGGGGAGGCCUCACGUGUCAGCUCCUCCCUGAGCCCCCGGGAGAUCAACUGUGGCUCUCAGGCCCCUCUGAGGGAGAGAAGGGAGCUGAAGCAGUCAGCUAAAAAGCUUGAGGAGGAGGCAAAAGCCUUAGAGGAGGAAGAGAGGCGGAAGGAUGAAGAGAGGCAGAAGAAGGAAAAGAAGGGUGUCUCUGUGGGAAAGCAACCUGCAAAACCAGAGAAGGGGAAAGCCAAGACCCCAGAGAAGAAGGAAACCAAAAUCCCAAAAAAGGAAACCAAAUCCCCAGAGAGGAAGAAAACCAAAAUCCCAGAGAAGAAGGAAACCAAAAUCCCAGAGAAGAAAGAAACCAAAAUCCCAGAGAAGAAGAAAACCAAGGCUCCAGAGAAGAAGGAAACCAAAGCAUCAGAGAAGAAGGAACCCAAAAUCUCAGAGAAGGAAACCAAAAUCUCAGAGAAGAAGGAAAGCAAAGCAUCAGAAAGGAAGAAAGGCAAAGCAUCAGAAAGGAAGGAAACCAAUGCAUCAGAGAGGAAGGAAACCAAAAUCCCAGAGAAGAAGGAAACCAAAAUCCCAGAGAAGAAGGAAAGCAAAGCAUCAGGGAGGAAGGACACCAAAGCCCCAGAGAGGAAGGAAAGCAAAAUCCCACAGAAGAAGGCAGCCAAAACCUCAGAGAAGAAGGAACCCAAAGCCCCAAAGAAGAGGGAACCCAAAGCCCCAAAGAAGGAGGAACCCAAAGCCUCAAAGAAGGGGGGAACUGAAAUCCCAGAGGACCCAGCUGAGCUGGAGAACUCUUUAUUCUUUAUUCAUGCAACUCAUUUUACACAGUUUGAAAAGCCUUGUGUGCAACUUUAGUUAGUUCAGAGAUUUCUUAUCAGUUAUUCUAUUAUUGGUUAAUAAAAUAGAUUUUACUUGUGCAUCAAA